CGCCUGGUAUGUCUCCGCGCGGCUGCCGUAGCGCGCGCGGGCAAAAGCGAGAGAGCGAGGAAGGCCUCGCGUUGCCAUGGAGAGCGGCGGCGGGGUUUUUUUUUCCGUGCUAAGGUGAGGGAAGGGGUUGGCGCUCCUGAGGGCCCGGCCUGGCCAUCUGCCCCGCCAUGGAGGACGAGCUGUACCUGGAGAACAUCGACGAGUUCGUCACGGACCAGAACCGAGUGGUAACAUACAAAUGGCUGAGUUAUACAUUGGGUGUUCAUGUCAACCAAGCUAAGCAGAUGUUGUAUGAUUAUGUGGAAAGAAAGCGGAAAGAGAAUUCGGGAGCUCAGUUGCAUGUCACCUAUUUAGUGACGGGAAACCUCAUUCAGAAUGGACACACAUGCCACAGGGUUGCAGUAGUGAAAGAAGAUAAGCUGGAAGCCAUGAAGUCUAAGCUGUCCACAGUCGCUAGCGUGCAUGUCUACAGCAUCCAGAAAGCCAUGCUCAAGGACAGCGGUCCCCUCUACAACACAGACUACGAUGUCAUCAAAGCAAACCUACAGAAUUGCAGCAAGUUUAGUGCAAUUCACUGCGCUGCUGCCGUUGCCAGGACAGCAGCUGAAAUGCCUCGGAUCGAAGCCCCUGCGCAAGUGGAUCCCCCGCCCCCGCGUGGCGCAAAUGCAGUCGCUGCCCCUGUGGUCAACGGCCAUGCCCCAAGUACUUCUUCAAAGCAGACCUCCCAGCAGGCCAAGGGCAUUAUGGGAAUGUUUGCAGCAAAAUCUGCCACCAAAUCGCAGGACACGCACAAAGAAGCCAAAGCGGAGGUUAAAGAGACACCAAGUGCCUCCACGGCAAGCAGCAAGGCUCCUUCUAAAGGAAAUGUGCUGAACAACUUCUUUGGAAAGGCUGCUAUGAGCAAGGUCAAUACUGAACCCGAAGAACAAAAGGAAGCAAAAACAGGAGCCAAGACCCCAGUUUCUUCAGCGGAACCCAAAUCACCUCCUGGUGCUCCAGGGCUUGCAAAACCCAGCAAGAAAGCUGAGCCUGCAAAAGUGCAGCAGAGGGACAAAAAAAGAGCAAAGAGGGUGGAGGUGUCAGACGAUGAAGAGAAAGGGGUUGAAAGCCUGAGGAAAAAGAGGCGUCGGAUCAGACAGCCUCAGUCGGACAGCAGCGGUGAUGAGGAUGUCCCAGCAUCACCUGUAACACCUGAAGUGAAAGACUUGUCUCCUGAACCAGCCCCAAUGCCACAGCCAGGUCCUGGGCCAAUGGAGGUUUCAACAGGAGAGAAGAAACGGAAGCGGAAGCGAGUGUUGAAGUCCAAAACAUUUGUCGAUGAUGAAGGCUGUAUAGUGACUGAAAAGGUUUACGAGAGCGAGUCCUGCACAGACAGUGAAGAUGAUUUCCGGUCCAGUCGCCCCGCAGCUCACAAACACCCUGCUGGAGCUGCAAAGAAAGAAGCCAAAGAGGAGAAGAAAAACGCAAAGAAAGGAGGGGCUGCAGCCAGCAGAGCGAACAAGCAAGCGUCCAUCGUGGGCUUUUUCCAGAAGAAAUGACCUCCAGCCAACUUAUGACUUGCAGAAGUUGCUUCGCUGCAAACCGCCGGGCAGAAUACUUACUAUGUAAGUGGGCUCUCUGGAAUCCGGGAACUGGACAAGGAUCCACUCGUGGAGAGCUUUUGAUGCAGAAUAACUGUGCAGUAAGCAGCCGCUGGAGGCAACCGAGGCAGAUGCAAGGCUGUGUGGUGGCCUUUUAAAUAUGAGAUAUAACAGACAUGGUAUAUGAUAGACGCAUUUUAUAUUUUUAAGGCUAAUGUUUUGAGGUGUCCUGUCUGAGGAAAGGUCCGCAAGUGAGUUGGCUUCUCCCGUUGGCUCAAAUAAAUCAAAUGUAACUAAAUAUCGCCACCCACUAUCUUCAUCCCAGCCACCCUUUCCUUCUCAAAGUGGUGGACUCUUGAGUGCUUGGUAGAGAUUUUGAGAGCUGCUGUUGGGAAGGGAACUGGCAAAAAGGGGCACACAGGAACAGGGUUUCAUGAGUUUCCUGUGAAGUGCACUCGCGCCCCCCCCCAAGACCAGGCCAUACCGUAUGUCCCCACUAGGAAAGAGCCCCUCCCCUUUCCCCAAAAAGUUAGAAGUCCCAGCUGCACACUGUGAUGUCAGUUCUGCAGUUGUCUCUCUGGGUGCUGAAAUCUUGAGGCUGGGAGCCCCAAUUCAUAGCAGAAUUCGGCCCGUCCCCUUUGUGGGAAGGGCCCUGGGUGAUCAGGAUUGGGGAGGGGGAGUCUGCCCGCCCCAUACUGCUUUGCCUUAUUUUCGAUGUGAUUAAAAUAUAACGGGCCUCCGUGCCAGUGCCUGCUUUUGCAGCCAUUAGGAAGGCCAAGUACAACUGAGCGUCUUAGUAUUUUGCCUUAACAGAGGGCUGCAGACCGCAUGGAAACCGUGAACGCUUUACAAAUGUUAUUAAAAAGUAUUACGACCUUGUGCGAUGGCAGAGGCUACCUCUGCUAGGAUAUGUGCUUGAUCUGGGACGGAUUCCUGUCAUGAGCAGCUCUUCAGAACCAGGCUGGACUUGCCCUCUUGAGAUAGAAAGAACCCUGCAGUGUCCUGCUUCAAACUAUUUUUUGCCCUGCCCCCCCACCCCAAAGGGGAGCUUUCCUUUUGGCAGAGCACCUGUCCAAGGGCAGGCAGCAUGUCAUUGUUUGGGCUUCCUUGUAUGACGUUACAUCAGUCCCACCAUAAAUGAGGGGUGGUGAAAUACCAGGCUAGUUGACCUCGAGCUACUACCAAGUGGUUUUCCCCCUUAUUAGAGAGACCACUUGUUAUUGAAGGAAAUGAGUAACAAGCACCUCUGCUUUGGAGGAUCCAACCCUUCUCUCUUGUUGUGGGUUCUCAGCUGGUUGUGGUGGAAGAAUAAGAACUCCAUUUUAUGACCAACCACCCCACCAUCCAUGGUUGAUUUAGCGCUAGCUUUGGAGUUAGGGCCUUGCCUCAGUUGCAACCGAAAGACAGUUUCAAGAGGUCUGCAGCAAAAUAAGAGUUAAUGUGAAGCUACUGGUGACUUCUUAAGGCCACUUCAGUUGCCUGUUAGGUGGCUACAAGGCCAAAGGAGAACCAGAGAGAGGUUCAGUGUUGAAACUCCAUACUAGAGAAAUAGAUUUUUGUUCUGAAAGUGUUUAACUUGCAGCCUUGCUCCUAAUAAGGAGUUCAAAUCCAUUGCUGAACAAUCUGAACCCAGUCACAACUGUUCCAGAUGUGAAAAACAGCCCGCACUGUUGGAUGGCCACUGGCUUCAGUCUGUUCAAAACCAGACUUUGGUAUUUAGGUUUUUGUGUUCAAAUGGUUGAACUUCUAAUAGAUGCAUCCAGUUAAUAGCCCAGGAUUGCAGGCUAGCUUUCAUGGCAAAGGAACCUGUUUAAUGUUCGAAUCCUAGGUUUCCCUACCCUCAGGAAAGGGAGCUUGGCUUCCUUCUCUGUACAGAAUUGAGAGCAACAGCUGGGUAUGGCUUUGUAUCCUUGGGAUAGUAUUGGUUGGGGCUUUUGUUUUGUUUUUAAAAAAGGAAACAGGAGGCCUCCACUGGAAGAGGCUGGGCAAGUUUGGCUCCUACCAAGUGUCUUUUCAUUUCAUUUCUUUUUUACAUCUUUCUUAAGAAAGUAAUGCUCAUGUUUUUUCUCCCUUUGUAUGCUCAGAAAUUUAUCCUGGUGGGGGUGUAGGGAAAUGUUCAAUAAAGAUGUGGUCUUCUGUUACCCUUUCCCCCCCCUAA